AAAUCAUCUGACAAUGUUUUCAAGUGGAUGAAGUGGAUAUACGUUGUUCGGUGCGUUAGUCAUUUCGGUUUUAGAUUAUCUUUUAAUCUGCGAAAAAAGUACGCCGUCAUCGUCUUAAAUUAUGUUUGCUGUAUACACAGACGACAAUAGUCUCAGAACAUAGAGCCAUGUGUACGACUAAUUCAACAAAAACUUAAGACAACAUCCUCAUGACUCGAAUGAUACCGGCGAAAACUUUUUUUCCGUUUGAACCAAUCCAAAUUAAUAUAUGCGCCAGACUUAAAUACCUCCACCAGUAACUGACUAUACGCUAUCCCAUAUAUCGAUGGCACAAAAUCAAGAACAUAUCAACAGGACGUCGAUAACGUCGGACAAUGUUAAUGCUAAUUGGAAUUUGGCGGGAUCGAAUGUUUCUUUGAACAAUCAACGACAGAGCUCGUCACGUUUGGAUAUGAUCAACAACAAUACCAGCGCAACCAAUCUUGACAAUGAACGGUUGAAAGCAUACCUACCAGGUUAUCGAUUGGCUCCGGACUAUGAAACUGCAAUUUCAAUUCAAAGACGACAUCGACAUCAGAAUGAACUGCACCACGUACAACGACAAUCCAGAGUCGCUUCAGAUCCACACAUAAACCUUUACGCAACGACAUCUCACCCGGAUGUUCGUCGAGAAACAGCAAUUACAGACGCAAUAUUCGGUCAACAGCUUCAGCCAGUACCUGAUUAUACGCGAAAUAUCAACAGUGUCUAUCGACAUCAACUCGACCCAAAUGUCAGUCUUUCACAACAGAUGCAAAUGAUGCAAAUCAAUAAGUAUGCACCGCCUUACCGGUUCAGUUCAACAUCAACGCCUGAUCUAGCAUUUGGAUCGCAUGGUGGUCAAUCUCAUCAGGCCUAUGUGUCCGGUUCCAGUCCAGACUUAUUAUCGACCAGGAUGUUUACCAAUUCGAUGCAACAACCAUCGAUUCCAUCGAACACAUUUCGUUGUCGAUACUCACAAAAUCACAUCCCGCAUGGAUCUUGCGACAGGUGUAUUUUUCCGGACAAUCAAACGAAAGCCACUAUUUUGCCACAACAAAUUCAAAAACCUUAUGACGGGACGUAUCGUGUAUCGAAUCUGCAACAAGGUUUUGUUGGCUCCUACAAUCAAUUGAGUGGAUCACGAGGAUCAAUUGAACCGAUUUAUGAAAACCCAGCGGCUGGAAGAGAGCGAGCUCGUGCUUCGAGUAUUCAGUCAACUACAGGAAUGCUGAAUUUAAAGCAACAGUAUCCGCGACAGCCAGUGCACACAAGUCGGACUCAAUUGAAUUCACCUGUGAUACUUCCGAAUUCACAGAGCCUUGAGUGCAUUUACCGACCUGCAAGGACGACUUCUGUCACACCCGGUGAACAAAGCCAAUUGCAUCAACGACACGUCCAAUUCGAAAAACUUAAUCGUGCACAGUCAGUAAAUGUUUUAGAUUCGUCCACAACAAUGGAGUCAGGAGCUAGUAGUUCAGAACAAAAUCAUUCCAAAGAGAAAAAGAGACGACGGUGGAAAUUCUGGGGAAGCAAAGGGAAGAGUUCAUCGAGUGAGAAAUCGAAAAAGGAAUCGUCCGGAUGGUACAAAAACAAAAGCAACAAAUAUUCGCCCACUAAAGAAGAGGAGAUUAAUUCACAAAAACGUUGGUCCAGUGGUCAGCCGCGGUUGCCAUUACCACCGACAAUGAUCAAAGAAAAUUUGUGUCAGACAUUGGAAUCAAAGCUUGCUGAUCCACAGCUGUACAUUGAGUUCGAACGUGUACCAAAACGAAAGGCCAAUGCCAAUUUCAGUUGUGCAUUGCUCGAUGAAAAUCGGAUUAGCAAUUCCGACCCGAAUUUUCUUCCACAAGACGACAAUCGGGUACGUUUGACCCCGACACUGGAAAAUCGUUCAGGAUAUUACAAUGCUUCGUACGUAACGGCUACAGUCGGUCCGAAGCAGAGAUUUUACAUUGCUGCACAAAGUCCUCACGCCGCACCCGCAUUGAGCACAUUCGUUCAGUGUGUGUGGGAAGCCGACGUUUAUCUUCUGGUUCAAUUGUCGGAUGAAAUGCAUUAUGUUCCAUCGACAUGUGAUAAAUGUUUGGAGUAUGGACAGUACCAAAUUUGGAAAGAAUUUUCGGAAGUAACCGACCGCGGCAUAACCAGUAAACUUCGUAUCUAUCAUACCAUUAGCCGAAGGUAUCGUUCCGUGUGGCAUUUAAAUUAUUGCGAAUGGGGCGAGCAAAACUGCCCGAAAAAUGUUAGUCAAUUUUUGGAUUUUCUGGAAGAACUGCGGUCAGUACGCUUAGCUAGCAAUAAUGAAGUACCGCCGGGCCAUAACACCAAUCCUCCAGUAAUGAUUCAUUGUAGUGACGGCAGCGGUCGGACUGGCGUUACAUUGCUAGCCGAUCUGUUAUUGUACACACUGGAACAUAAUCAGGAUCUGGACAUGCCACGCGUUUUGAGUUUGCUGCGUGAGCAACGAGACAAUAUUGUUCCAUCAUUAGCUCAAUACCGGUGGCUGUAUACAUUGUUGAUUAGCUACUUGAAACGAACGAGACUUAUUUAAUGCUUAGAGAAUUUAGAUCAAUUUACGGGGAUCUGGCGAUGUUCUUUUGGACCGCGAUUCCGAUGUAACUAUUUUUGCCAAACCGAACAAAAAGACGUUGUUACCAUUUAAGAGAGGGAAAGUUUAUUUUUUUUAUGUAAUUUAUAUUUCGAUGAUGUGUCCACUUUGAGAUAAAAAAAAUUUUGUUUUACGUAAAUUUCCGUUGUAAAAUUUGUAUACGACCGAAGUUCUGGCAGAGUUUUCUUUAUAAAAAAAGAAUUUUUUCUGUAAUGAACGAGAAAACGAAAUCGUCAUUCACACGACAAUUCUACCAAUAAAGAAAUUGUUCUAUUGAAA